UGGCAUUAUCAUCGUCGACAAAGGAGAAAUUAAAAGAUAGUAUUAAUAAAAGAAAAGUGGAGAGAAGGGGGGGAGGGGGGACCCACAUAUCGAAACAGUAAUAAUAAUAAAAGGUCGUCCGGCCCAUUUGUCACCGCCCGAUGGGUUAUUUCAUCUUCAACAUCUCUCUCACCUUUGACUCUCUCUCUCUCCUUCUCUACGGACGAACCAGAUAAAGCUCUCUCUUUCUCUCUUGCAGAAGAAGAAGAACUUUGUACUUUGUUGUCUCAAAACAAAAUAUCUUCUUCCUUCUUUCUUUCUUAAUCUUCUGGAGCUGAAGAGAUACCCUUACUGAGAUUUAAAUGGUAUGAGGAGGCAAUUUCACUGAAAUCAAUAUCACCGCUCAAGUUAGAGAUUUCUAAUUUUAGAAAGAAAAAAAAAACAGCCAGCUUGCUCUCUGCUAUUUUCCUUUGAGACACUAUGGCAGGUGGAAACGAAGUCAACCUAAACGAAUGCAAGAGAAUAGUGCCACUGAACACAUGGGUCCUCAUCUCCAACUUCAAGCUCGCUUACACUCUCCUCCGCCGCCCCGACGGCUCCUUCAACCGCGACCUCGCCGAGUUUCUCGACCGCAAAGUCCCCGCCAACUCCUUCCCCGUCGACGGCGUCUUCUCCUUCGACCACGUCGACACCUCCACCAACCUCCUCACCAGAAUCUACCAACCCGCUCCUCUCGACCCCUCCCGUCACGGCUCCCUCGACCUCACCGAGCCUCUCAGCACCACCGACAUCGUCCCCGUUCUCGUCUUCUUCCACGGCGGCAGCUUCACUCACUCCUCCGCCAACAGCGCCAUCUACGACACUUUCUGCCGCCGUUUAGUCUCCAUCUGCGGCGUCGUUGUUGUCUCCGUUGACUACCGGAGAUCACCGGAGCAUCGCUACCCUUGUGCUUAUGAUGAUGGCUGGAAUGCUCUCAAAUGGGUCAAGUCCAGAAUCUGGCUCCAGAGUGGUAGAGACUCUAAUGUUUACGUUUACUUGGCUGGUGAUAGCUCUGGUGGUAACAUUGCUCAUAACGUUGCUGUGAGAGCGACAAAAGAAGGAGUUAAAGUUCUUGGGAAUAUUCUUUUGCAUCCUAUGUUUGGUGGGAUGGAGAGGACUCAGUCUGAGAAGAGACUUGAUGGUAAAUACUUUGUCACUAUUCAAGAUCGGGAUUGGUACUGGAGGGCUUAUUUACCUGAAGGUGAAGAUAGAGAUCAUCCUGCUUGUAAUCCCUUUGGUCCUCGUGGUCAAAGCCUUGAAGGAGUUAGUUUCCCCAAGAGUCUUGUGGUUGUGGCUGGUUUGGAUCUUGUUCAGGAUUGGCAGUUGGCUUAUGUCGAUGGGCUUAAGAGGACGGGUCACCAUGUUAACCUUUUGUAUUUGAAGCAAGCUACUAUUGGGUUUUACUUCUUGCCUAACAAUGAUCACUUUCAUUGUCUUAUGGACGAGUUAACCAAGUUUGUGCACUCCAUAGAUGAAGAUAGUCUAAGCAAGUCAUCUCCUAUUCUUCUGGAUCCGUAGCAAUAUGAUGAGGUUGUUCUAUACAUAAAGAGAAGAAGAUUAGAAGAUCACUAGCUAUGAUGGGGGAGGGGGGUUGUACAGUUUCCACAAGUAUUGUGUAGUGCUCUUCUUAGGUUGCGUUUUGUGUCUUUUUAUUAGUCUCCUGAAUCAUCAUAAGUCCGGCUUAUUGUGAGAUGUAUGAUGUUGGUUGCGCCGGAAGCAAAAACCAAUUUCUGUUGUCGGCAUCUAUCGGUUAGGGCUUAGCCGAGAGAUGGGACUUUGCCUUGUAGAAUAGGAGGUAGUCUUUAAUUGGUUCUAGAAUAUAGAGAGUCAAAUUACAAGACAACUAAUUUGUCUUUGACAUGUUGUGAGAAAAAAACUUAUCCUUCCUUGGUAAUGGAUUUGUAAUGUUUAUAUUACCUUUUGUGUUCUCAUGCUUUUAAUAGAAAGAGCAUGUCUUUCAGGCUGUUUUUUUUUCACCUUCUUAUUUCUUUUUGUUCAUGCGUUGAAGGUUUUCCCCUUUAUAA